AUGGUGUCAAAAGAUCAAGCGUCCUUCAAUAAGAGGUGGAGCUUAGGCCUCCUGAUGUUGGGUUUAGUCAUUGUUUUGUGGGUCUUAUCGUCAUUCCUGAUAAAUUUGAUUUUCGAAGAUGACUCCUAUAGAAAGCCGUUCUUCAUCACGUAUAUCAAUACUGCCGCCUUUAUCUUUUAUCUUUUCCCCACUGCGAAGGCAGUCGUGGCGAACUACAAAGACACAGGUAGCGCAAACGUUCAUCGCGAACUAAUCAUGGAGGAGGAAGGCACUGGUAGUGAUGCUGGCAGCUCGGUCGAUGUGACCAGUCCUCUACUCACAAACCUCGAAGCCGGUACGCAGACAAUCCAGAAGAAGAGGUUGACGUUGUAUGAGACAAUCAAGUUGAGUGCCGAGUUCUGUAUACUUUGGUUCACAGCCAACCUUGUGACAAACGCUUCGUUGGCAUUCACAUCGGUGGCAUCGCAGACUAUCCUUUCCACCACUUCUUCGUUUUUCACUCUCUUUAUAGGCGCCAUCUGCCAUGUUGAAUCAUUGAACAAGUCCAAAAUACUGGGAUCGUUCAUUUCAUUCAUCGGCAUAAUCAUGGUUACAAAAUCAGACUCUCACCAACGCUAUCAACGUCAUAUCGCGGAUAUCAGCAGUGACGAUAACGACACUAUGCAGGUCCUAAUGGGCAACUUGUUGGCUCUUGCGGGUGCUGUGCUUUAUGGUGUCUACAGUACGCUGUUGAAAAGAGAAGUUGGAGACGAGACUCGUGUCAAUAUGAAGAUUUUUUUUGGCUUUGUUGGUCUCUUUAAUUUGCUCUUCCUCUGGCCAUCACUAAUCGUGUUGGACUUUUUCGGCUGGGAGCCAUUUGCCCUGCCCAGGGAUCCUAAAGUUAUCAUAAUCAUUCUUGUCAACUGUCUCAUCACAUUUAUCAGUGAUUUCUGUUGGGCAAAGGCUAUGCUACUAACUAGUCCUUUGACCGUCACUGUCGGAUUAAGUAUAACAAUACCCUUAGCAAUGUUUGGUGAUGUAAUCUUCAAGCACAAAACCAUGUCUGUACUUUAUUUAUUUGGUGCCACCCUCAUUCUAGGCUCAUUUUUCAUCAUUAAUAAAAGCUCUGAGGAGGAACAUUUCGGAAACUCAGUGACGGCAAGCAACUAUGAAGCAGUGGAACAACCAGUAGCAAAUAGCUGA